AUGUCCCUGCCCUGGUGGCAACGCGACCUGAUUCUAAUACUCUAUUGUUACCUCAGUCUCCUUGUUAUUGGAGGAAUAGGCCCGGUGCUUGCGUCUCUGGCCCUCGUCCUGGUUGAGGAGUUUGGAAUCACAUUUACCCAAGUAUCGCUCCUCACCGGAUACCAGCUUUGUGCUGUCGGCGCUGUGGCAAUUUUCGUAUCUGCGCUAUGUCGAAAAUUCGGCAAGCGUCCAGGUUUCGUCAUCUCUGCUACCCUCUGCUUCGCCGGAUGCUUAUGGGCAGGAGCAGCAAACUCGUACGGCUCACUGGUUGGUGCUCGUGUGCUCCAAGGACUAGGAAUUGCUGUGUACGAGAGCGUCACCUUCGCCGUCAUUGGUGACAUGUACCACGUCCAUCAAAGAGGCACCCGCAUGGCAAUAUUCGUUGUUGCAAACGUCGGCAUUGCUCAUCUGCCAUCCAUUGUGGCCGGCAAGGUCACAAUGGACCUUGGUUGGAGAUAUGUCUUCUGGAUCUUAUGUGCCUUCAUGGGUUUGGGGUGGAUACUCAUUAUCCUUUUUGGAUGGGAAACGGCAUACAACCGAGAUGCGCUGUUUGACACUGAUACGUCCUCGGAAAAUAACAUCGAGGUCAUUGAAGUUAUGAAGACCGAGGCUACCCACGAAGAGAAGACCACCGGCGAUCUCGAAAGAACGACCAUGAAUGAUGAUCAACCAAAGGUUCGCGACUCCUACCUCAAGAGGCUGAGGCUUUACUCCGGCACGUACGACAAACAAUCGCUUCUCUGGAUGACCAUCAAACCCCUGAUCAUUUUGAUCAAUCCAGUCGUCCUCUGGGCUGUCCUUUUUCUUGCUUUGACACAGGUUUUCAUCCUCGGCCUCGCUUUUACGCUCGCCCAGGUCUUUGGCGUCCCGCCCUAUUCUUUGAAUACCGCCCAGCUGGGCUACAUGCUUGCAGGGCCAAUGGUUGGCGGCUUCCUUGGCUGCCUCGUGUGCGGCUUAGCAUCCGACCCAGCGGUAAGAUGGGCCAGCAAAAUAAAUGGGGGCGUAUAUGAGCCAGAAUUCCGUCUCUGGCUCAGCAUAGGAACGCCAUUGUUAUCUGCACUUGGCUACUUCUUAUUCGGCAACAUGACUGAACAGGGCAAGAGCCCCGUUGCUAUAUCCGUCAUCUUUGGGAUUACUUUCGGCUCCGUUCAGUUCUCGGUCAACAGUAUCAGUACCUACCUCGUGGAUGGUUUCCGUAACAUCAGCAUCGAGACCUUCAUCCUAGCCAUGACCGUCAAGAACUUUCUCUUCUUUGGGUUUUCUUACUUCGUGAACGAUUGGGUGGCAAGUUGGGGACCUGCAAAGUCCAUGGAUACCAUGGGAGCAAUCGAACUUGGCCUUUGCUUGACUACCAUCCCCGUAUACAUCUAUGGCAAGAAACUCAGGGCAUGGUGGCACAAUCACGAUGUUUUCAACAAGUUCUGA